AUGUCUUUUUUCCCCAAAGAGACCAAGCUCCUCGAGGCUGCAGACAAUCUAGGCUACUCUCAAUCUUCUCGAUGUACGAAUCCUUCUCACCCCUCUCUCUCGAGAUUCUCUUGGUUUUGUAACGUUUCCUCGAUAAAUUGGUUUCUUUUGUUGCUUUCGUUCGAUGUCUCACCAGCGGCUUCCACGCUUGUGGAGAAGGUUCUCAGUAGUUGUGCCCGUAAGCUUCAGCCUUGCAUCAUCGAAGCUUUGAAGUCCACAGGGACCAGCUUGGACAUUUAUUCUCCAGUAGUUUCAUCAAUUUGCCAAAGCGAAUCUGCCAUUACUCAAGGGCACAGUGAUGUUAAUUAUUCUCCACUAGUACCAGGUCUCGAAGAAGAAGCCGAAGUAGUGGGAGGAGGCACAUCUAAGAUCACCUGUGUCUACCGUAGGGUAAAGAAAAAGAAUGCGCCUUGGGAAACAAAUGAUGAAGAGCCUGUUAUACUUGAAACAGGCAAUCCAGGUAGAGUCGACAACCGGAAACCUCUGGUGCAGUUGUUGGACUUCCGGAGUUCAUCUGAACAAUGGGGCCCUGUUUUGCGCCACUUGUAUGAAGAAGAAGCAGAGGAAGAAGAUGUGGAUUACCUUCGCCAAAGAGACGAUAGUCAGGGUUUCGAUUUCGAUCCUGACGUUCGUAUCCCACUUAUUCACGGAAUCUCACCAUUUUAUUUUACCGAAGAAGAACAACCACCUACCGAAAUGGUUCUCUACGGCCGGUUGGGAGUUCAUUGGUUCAACUUUGAGAAUAAUAGGAACUUGGAGUUCAUACGCAUACCUAAACUGAAUACCGAACAUCCCUUUUCUACGACUUACUAUAUUACUGUCGACGUUAAAGAUGUUGAUGCUGCUGCUGCUGAUCAUUCUCUCACUUUGCAAACUAUGGUCAGAAGACCUCUCAUUCCCGGGUUUAAGCUCUUCAUGGAACGCUGCCGAAUCAAACCCACAACAGUGGAAAGAGAUACUGCAUUAAACUACUUCCAUAGUUUUGUGCUAGAUAAGUUUUACCGAGGACCUAUGCCUGCUUUUUCGUCGGAACCACCAGCUUCUGGUGAUGAUGCUAUGAGAUUCUACGAGGUUCCGAAAACGGACAUUGAUAAAAUUGAUUGGCUUCUUCUGUAUGCCGAGUUUUCACUUUAUGCUGGAUCUCAUUCUUUUCUGCCAAAGGACAUUGAGAUGAAGAAGGUACUUGUGGAAACCCUAGAAACUCAUGCUGACACGUCUCAGAAGCUCAAGUCUAUGAAUGCUAUCUUCCACAUCAGCUUCAGGGCCAACAGUUGCGACUACAUAACUGUAGUAAGGAGAACUAUUGAUGGGGUUGAAGGACAUAUGUUCCUCGAAGUCGGUUGCCGCAAAAAAAACCUGAGAUUGCUUCUCUCGACAAGUUCCUUCAAGAGAGGAUCAAAGUUGGUCGUAAAGCCCGGUGGUGCACUCUGUUACAAUGGUUCGUCUAGCUUAUCGUAUGGUUCUCUAUCUAUGAUCUUUGUAUUUUGUGCUCUAUCGUGUCAAAGCGAAUCUGCCAUUACUCAAGGGCACAGUGAUGUUAAGGCCAAAGAAAUGAGGCAGAUGAAAAGAUAUCAGAAGAACAAGUAGUUUAAGUGAUUCAUUAGAGCUCUGCAAGAUUGAAUCUGAGUGAAAUGCCAGGAAGGUUGUUUGGAUGCUCAUGUCUUGUUGUCAAGGACUACGGCGAGGAGACGACUGCUCUCAAUAUCGUCAAGAAGUAUAUUGAAUCUCAAUAAAUUUUAUGAAGCUUCUCUAAACUCGAAUUUCCAGAUGCUUUUUCAUCCCAAAAUGCUGUUUUCUCUUGGUUUUGAUAUUUUAAUAUUUUAGCGGACAGCUGUUGAGAUUUGUUUGGACGUUGGAACAUUGUCAAGUUUUGUUGUUAUCCUCCUAGGCUCUGCUCUUCCAAAGGCCAAAUUUCCUUUA